AACAUAUAUGCGUCAGGGACUUAUCACUUCCCCCCUUCCUUGUAAGACUCGAGACGGGCCUUGAUCCAUUCUCCCGCUCUACCAAGGUCCUCGCUCCUUACAUCCGUCCAUUUCCGAUCCCGCCCGAGCCACUCGUUGACGUCGACCAGCCGAAUGAAGAUUCACACCACACCACAGCUCCUCCCGCACGAUUGAAGCAUAGCAAUAACCUCUCCCCCCAUUGAGCAACGGAAAAAGAGGGGGGCAAAACCUGGCAAAGAAAGAAGAAAAAAAUGCCACCACAUCUACACCCGCGGUCCACGGCAACCUCGACCCUUUUCGCGGGGACGCUGCUCGCCUCCUUCAUCGUGGUGGGCAUCCCGCACGUCUUUCCCUGCCCGCGGCCGCGGACGGGGUACGCGGCGGACGCGGGACGGAUAGAGCUGGAUGAAGACGGCAACCCUGUCCGCCGACGACAAGUCCGACCAGGCGACAAACCAUCCACCUCCGGAAAUGCAAUCCCCGCUCACUGCGCGUCUCGGGCGCCGGCGCAGGAAGAACAACAGCCACCACAACCUCGCAAAGCCCCGCAAGGUCUCCAGAAGGGGCUGACUGCGUCGAAGAACCUGGACGAGGAAGCGGCUCUGUUCAGAGAGCUGCAGGCCGAGGCAGAAAUGUUGGAGAAGGAGGCCAGGUCGGCGAGGGAAUGCCCCGUGCCGAAGCCGAAGGGGUGGGUUGGGAGGAUACUGGGGUUCGAGGAGCAGGGUAGGAAUGUGGCGGAUAAGGAAGGUGGAUGAGAAAGGAACCGGAUCUGGAGAAAUCGCAAUUGACAAAGCUCACGGAGCGAGCUCAAGCGCAUGACGGGGUUGAGGUCUGUGGACUCAGCUGCAUAAUUUUGCACCAGUCCGGCUAAUCCCAAGGACGAUGUCGAGGCGUGGGAGAACGCCCUUUCCGGCACCCACGAGGUACCGGCAGGACAUCUUGACGGACGCCGCUGGCAUCAAGACCGCUCUCGACUUGGCGAAUGGUGUGGCGGAACCGGUGGUCCCCACUGCAUACAGCUGGCUGGAUCUACGACCAGAUACCCGCUACCCAGAGUCACCUGCUGAGGGAACAACCUCGCACGACCUCGGACAAUGACUGUCGCUAUGUCGAGCAGCUUUCACCCAAGGGCAGACUGACCUCCAGAUGGUAAUGAGUCUGGUUAUACGCAUUGGGCCAUCCUCUCAAGGGUGAAUAUGGAUGGCAUAUGGCUGCUAGGUGUCGACGUGGACGGAGACAGCCGCUGCGAUGAAUGAGGCCAGGGCAAGGAAUGGUGAUUGAAUGGAGCACAAGGCAGACAAACAGGAUCAUGGUCAUAUCUUGACUCACGAACUAUCGCUUAUUCUUUAUCCAAAACUUUUGCGCACCAUCUGGUAGCCUCGCCUGACUUCCAGGGCCUCCAGGCUAUUGACUGUUCAAGCAUGAGAAACAAUGUCAAAGGAGAAAGCAAAAGCUGAUCAAACACGUCUCCGACUCCCCUGGCAAAGCCUUGCAACAUGUCGCGCAUCCCACCUCAGAUCUUUCCACCCACGAUUCCAUCAAUCUUGAAUAUCUCCAUCCAUCCCCCGAAGACUUCUGUCUCGGCAUGGUUGGGUCCCUCUGCCUCAACUCAGCUAUCCCUUUCCUGGUUGAUCUCUUUGAGCUUCACCCCCGUCUUCCAAUCCAAUUCUCUUGCAAUCUUGGUCAUCCGCUCGAACACGGGCCGCCCAACGUAUCUCCAGAACCCACCUGCACGAACACAGGUCUCCCGUUGUUCAUUCUCAAACCUUUCCAGGUCAUCUUUCACGAGAGCCUUCAGAGCUGCGACCA